UCUCAUACUUAUCUUGUCACGUUCUUUCAUUAUGGACUCCCAAAUCGCCCCUCAGCAACAGCAUCACCAAGGUGUGGAAGGGGAAGAAGAUGGGCAGCAUCAUGAGAAGCAGUCAGUGUUGAAGAAAGUGAAGGCUAAGGCUAAGAAGAUUAAGGACAAUAUUACAAAGCAUGGCGCCCAUGACCAUCCUCAUGACUACGAUGAUGAUGAUGAAGAAGAAGAUGAUGAGGAGGUUCUUGAAGAUUCUGUGUAUGAAGGUGCCGCAAUGAGGGGCGGUGUGGGUGGAGAAAGGCAGCAUGAAGGCGUCGGAAUUGGAAUGCCUCCUCCAGGUCCAAGAGAAACGACAAGUCGUCCUGCUGCAGUUACCACACUCUUUACUUCCGUCGAUAACUCUGCUGAUACCUCAAACACGACCAUGUCUCUGUCUCCAAGUAAGUUGGAGGAGGAUCCUCACGCGCCUAAGGACAAAACCCACCUUCACCCUCGUAAUUCCGAGGUCAAAGUUCACGAUCCCGCAAGCACAGGGAGCGAAGAAGCAGGGGAAUCGCAGAUUUUGGAUUCAUUUGCAAAAAUGAAAGUAAACGACGAACAGAAUCAAAGCAGAGAUCAGGUCAGUUACGCUCAGAAGAUCUCAGCUGUGGGUUCAGCCGUGAGUGGAAAAGCAGUGGCAGCGAAGGAUUUUGUGGCAUCGAAGAUAGCUUUAACAGUGACAGAGAAGCUGAAGCCAGGGGAGGAGGACAGAGCCCUGUCGGAAGUGAUUUCGGAAGCUUUGAAUAGAAGGAAGCAGGAGGUGGUGAAAGUUGGAGAAAGUGCAUUUAGGGAGCCGCCGAAAGGGAGUGCAACGGAGUCGGGGAGGAGUGUGGUGGGUAUGGUGAAAGACACGGUGGGGUCGUGGCUGGGGAAAGCGGGUGACCAAUCGGCGGGGCAAGGGAGGCCGGGGAAGGACCACGGUGGGACGGAGGCGGAGGUGCGGAUACUGCAGGAAUCGGCGAAUUGAAGUGGUUGCAGACACAUUUCUGGUGUCGGUUUUGUUUUUGGUAAUUCAGUUGCUUUUGUGACUACUAAGAAGUUGUAGUUUGCUGUUGUUUGUUUGUUUUGUGUACAGAACUUUUUCAGACAUGGUGGAUAAUGAGUUUAAGUUACUAAUUCAUACAAUGAAGGAUACAAUCUUAUAUUAUAA